AUCCCCGUCUUGUGUGAAACGGCAUUCUAGCUUUGCAGUUUUUAAUGACGCGUGUUUCCAUCGAGAAAUGUGAAAAGUUGCCAGUUUGGACUCUGACUUGUUUGAAAAUUUUACUUAUUUAUAAACUAAUUUAUUUUCUGGAAAAUACUGUUUUACUACUUACUUAUUUAUUUAUUAUAUAUUAAAGUGUUAUUUAUUUAAAUAUUUUGUGAGCGGUUUUUAUAGAACUCUGAAGAAACUAGACAUGCAGCUCCACUAUGUGAUUCGUAAACAAGUUUCCCGAGUCGAUCUCCACAAGGAUGGUUCAACCUCCCUAGGAAUAGUUUUGAAGGAUGGUGUGAAAACCGGAUCAAGGCCUGUUAUUAAAGCUAUCAAGAAAGGAAGCGUCGCAUACAGGAGUCACUGUGUGUCUGAAAAAGAUGCGAUCGUUUCCGUUUGCGGCCAAGACGCAAGUGGGAUGAGCCGAAGGGACUUCAAACAACUCCUCAGAGAGGCAGAAACCAAGAUCGAGCUCGAGCUGGAGUACCAGAUCCGAGAGGCAUGUUUGGGGAAAUGUGGAGUGUAUCGUAUGGAGCGUAUCUACUUGAAGCUUAAGAAAGAAUCUGAAUCUUACGGUUUCGUGUUGAGAAAGUAUGGAUUCAGGCAUCCUGCAAGCCCAGGAUACCCUAUCAUUAGCAAUAUUAAGGAAGGAGGACCUGCAGACAGAGACGGGAGAUUGAAGGCUGGAGAUCGGCUUUUGCAAAUCGAUGAACAGGAUUUAGGAGCACUUUCAUUAUCUCAUGUAGCCGAUAUUUUGCAGGCGAAAAGUGAAGCAACAUUUACCAUAGAAUAUAAAAUCGCACUCGUAGAAAACUCCCAGAUAAGAUUGGGGGAGAGGACUAAAUUGGAAAUCGACUGCCCAGAUGCAGAUCUUGGAUUAGUUCUCGGUUCUUCAGGCUCAAGAAUGGUCAUCGAGGAAAUCCGCAAAGGAGGUCUGGCUGACAGGUGUGGAGCUUUUUGCGUUGGUGAUGAUAUUUUGGCGAUCAACGAUAUCGAUGUCUCACAUCUGUCUACUUCAAAAGCAAAUAGUUUACUUCGAAACUUCAAAAAGGAGCCAGGAAGACUUGUCCUUGUCGCAAAUGUAGAAAGAUUGGCUCGUCCGAAACAAAAUUCCUUUUUAUCGAGGAGAAAUAUCAAACCCUCUUUCAACGCAAUGCCUCUUGAAUUAACUCCAGAACGAGAUCAACAGGUUCCUUCGAGUAACCACUUACUGGCUCCUUGCAACACUCCCCAAAGUUUAUUCAAUGGAAACUUCGAAAAUAAUUCCUAUUUAUCAGCUGAAGAUGAUUAUGACAACUUUGAAAUAAAAGCAAUUGUUUUGCUUCGAGAAAUCAUUAAAAGCAUUGCUUCUAUAGAAAAAUGUAUUUCUUCCUUGACCAGUAAUAAUAUAAAUGACACAAUGGUCAAUUUAAAGGAGACUGAAGAUAACAAUAAUCGAAAUGAAAUCAUUCAAUGCGAAAGUUUAUCAUAUCUUAAGGUUUUAUCAACUCGUAUCAAGAAUUUGGCCCAUUCUAUGGCCAUGCAUUUCGCAAAAAAUGAUCAAAUAAUUUCAAAUCGUUUUUCUAAAAAUGAUCUGCGUCCAACAGACAAUUUCAAAGAAAAUGAUGAAAAUUUGAAUCAAAGUAACAUAAUUCAAGAGUUAAUGGAAAACUUAGUUAAUAUAUAUACUAAGAAAUUAAUAUCCAAGCAAAAUUUUGAAAAACUUCAAUUGAAAAUGAAUCAGAUUAACUCGGAUUGUAAAAAAUGCAAACAAUCUCGUAUGGUGGUUGUGCUAAAAAUACAGAAAAUUUUGUUGAUUGUUUCGUUGAACGUUAACAACGAAGUUAAUUCUUUUUUAAUUAAAAAAUGUAUUGAGGAUAUUUUAAGAUUUGAACCAUGUGAAAACUGUAGAACUGGUUCUGGAUCUCAGACUGGAUCUGAAAUCUCAAGAACAACUCAUCUGUUUAGUUCUUUGGAUUGUUUAAGAACCAAACCUUCCAGUUUGGUGCAUUCAUUGAACGGAGAAACAACUUGUUCUCUAGCUGCAGCUGAAUCUGACACAACUUAUACAACUGGUGAAAACAAGUUAAGUCAACUACAUAUGCAGACUUCUAGUUCUGAUUCUAGCUUUUUGUUUCAAGCUGAAUUUAAAUCACCAUUGCCAAGUAAUGUUGGUUCAUCUGCCAACGAGACAAUUUCCAAAUCUUCUAGCCUUGAAGCUAUUUCAAAUUUGAACUGCAAAACAGAAUCUAGCAAUGUAACUGUAACUGAAACAAACAAUUGUGAAAAAUGCUAUCAAAGAGAACCGAAAACAGCUGUAAAGGAUUCUUUAAAUUUUGCUUCACUAUCUCAUCAGCCACAGUAUCAAAGUGGAGUGAAGACGAUUCAUAAUAGUUCGUUGGGAUUUGCAACGCCAAAUCUUGGCUCUGCACUUUAUGACAGAGAUGGCAUUAGUGGGAUUUCCACCUUACGACCAUCAAUAACCAGAACUCCAUACAACACAAAAAAUAAUUCUCCUUAUGAAAAUGAAUUACUGCUCUGUAAAGAAAAUACAGAUUAUGAACAGAAAAACAUUGGUAAAAAGUAUUGUAGUAACAUCCGCAAGAAAAUAUUUAGUGGGAAAGGAAUGUUAAAAGCUCAGCAACGGAAUUGUAAGUCAGCAGAAGUCAUUGCUGAUUUUGACAGCGAAUCACUGAAACAUUCAAAACCCACGGUUCAGAAACGUUUGAGUGACCCGCAGUACUUGUUCCUGGGCUGCCAGCCACCGAUUGCAAAACCCCCACUUUGUGAUGAAAAAGAUUCACAUUCGUAUGCAAAGACUGAAAUAAUGGACAAUAAAAGAGAAAUAGACGAGGCAAGUGCUGAAGCAAAUAGGUAUUGGUCACCCUUCCAGAGGUCAGAUUAUAAUGAUCAUCCAAACAUCUUGGACAUACCGAAUUGGUCAGCAAAGUCUUCACGCUCAUUAAAACAGAUUGAUCAAGUUUCAAAUGAAAGAACUAAGCAAGAUACUAUGGAUGUUACUCUGAAAAACGAAGGCAAAGGCUAUGGUCUGAGUGUUGAACUCCUUAGCUUAUCUUCAACAACUUCGACACAAGUACCUCGGAUCACAGCUGUGAGUUCGCAAGGUGCAGCUCACAAAAUAGGAAUCCUUAUGAAAGGCGACAGGGUCUUGGCCAUUAAUGGCCAAAACACCAAUGCAAUGACUGUUACAGAAUUCGAAAAUUUGAAAGAGGAGGCUUUCAGUGCCGAAGAAGUUUCGCUGACUGUUGAAUUUGAUAUCACCGUGAGAGAUGUACAAUUUGGUACCUUUGAUGUAUGUGUUACCAAAACCAGCAAAACUGGACUUAUAUACAAUGAUUUCAAGAAAGGUUCGCCCCUUGUCGUUAAAGGAAUAGUAAAAGGCAGCCCCGCCCACCGGUGUGGUUUGUUAUUUCCUGGGGACGAAGUCCUAUCCGCUAACAACAUUCGACAAGAGUUUUAUGAUGUUUUCAAGAACACUUACGAGAGAUCAGAAUAUGUUACUAUAAGAGUCAGAAGACAGAUUUUUGAAGAAAAAUUCGGAGACGAUAUAAACUUGAACCAAGCUGGCCUUUCACCUUUUAAAUCUUACGACUUAAGCAAAACUUCUAUUCACUCGAAUCAUGAUAGUAAUAAAAUGUUCCUCGAGCAAGAGUUGAUCCUUUACCGAGACCCCGUGGCAAAAGAUUUUGGAUUUCUGAUAGGACAGGAUCAAUCCUCGAAAACUAUUUACGUCACUGCCAUAAGACCUGACGGACCUGCGGACUGCUCCAAAGUCAUCAGAAAAAACGAUAUAAUUCUGCAAGUGAAUGGAGUUGAUCUCGAAGCAAACAAGGACGGGCCAGUCGCUUCUUUGUUCCAUCCAAAGGGAGACCGCUUGGAAUUGAAAACGCGUAGAAUUCUCAACUAUGAAUGAAAUCUGUCACUUGCAUGCAGUUUUUAUCCAUUAACUUUUUGAUCAUACUCACACAUUUCAUUCCUGUAAAAAAUAUAUGUAAAUUAAAAAUAAUUGUGUUGAACA